AUGUCUGAAUCUAGUAGCCUCUGCAAUCAUGCAAAAUCUUGUUCUUGUCCACAAUCUACUACCCAAGAAUCAAUUGAACUGUUCGUGUCAGCCAAUCAUGCAAAAUCUCCUCAUAUUGUAUUCUUUCCGAGUGGAUUGGGGGCGGGGCAACUGAAUCUGUUUUUCCGGCUAGCUGCCAUGCUUGCUUCGCGGGGCUGUACACUCACAUUCAUCACCAUACAGCCUCACUUAUCUGCUACAAAGCUCAUCAGUGAUGACACCUCCAUUUUCUUCUCUAACCACCCAGAGAUCAAGAAACUGAACUUUGAGAUUCUUCCUGUGACAGCCUCAAAAUCUACCAUCAAUGUUGACCCUUUCAUGCUCCAAAUUGAUGCCAUUUCGCGCUCUCUGGUGAAACUAGGACCUCUUCUAUCCACUUUAGAUGAACCAGUCGCUGCCAUGGUCUCUGAUUUUAGUAUAGCAGAUGGCCUCACACAGAUCAUACCUGAUCUCGGCAUCCAUCUCUACAUCCUCUCCACUACUUCAGCCCGGUUUUACUCUACCGUGGCAUAUCUUCCUGUCCUGCUCUCAAAAAACCCUGCUUUAUUCAAGAAUCUCCCCGGGGAUAUUGCUAUCCCGGGAUUAGCCCCUAUCCCAAAAUCUAGCAUCCCCAACUCAUGGCUGGAUAACUCACCAACAAAUUACGUCUUAACAGCCUUCUUACUACCAAAUGCAGAAUCCCUUUGUAAAGUCAGUGGUGUGUUCUUGAACACCUUUAACUGGUUUGAACCCGAAACCAUCACAGCUCUUAACACCGGCAAAAUUCGAAGUUCUCUUCCACCCGUGUUUCCUCUCGGGCCGUUAGAAUCAACCGAGCAAGAGAAUUGCAGCCAGUGGCCAUGGUUAGAUGACAAACCUGCUGAUUCUAUUAUAUAUGUGAACUUUGGAACCAGAGAGCCAAUUUCAAGAAACCAAAUCAUAGAAAUAGGAAAAGGGCUGUUAAUCAGUGGGCAUAGCUUUUUGUGGAUCCUUAAAGAUGAGCAAAGAGAAUUGUUUGGUGAGGUAUUCAUGGAGGGGGUGAGAGACAAAGGGAAAAUAGUUAAAGAAGGAAGGGUACAUCAGGAAGGGAUUCUUGGGCACCCUGCAAUUGCAGUGUUCAUGAACCAGUGUGAAUGGGAUUGUGUAAUGGAUGCGGCUCGGUUUGGAGUGCCCUUACUGGCAUGGCCACAGCAUGGUGAUCAGAAGAUGAAUGCUGAGGUUGUGGAGAAGGCAGGGUUGGGGGUGUGGGUUAAAGAAUGGGGUUGGGGUGAGGAAAGGUUAGUAAAUGGGGAAGAGAUUGCAGAGAAGGUUAGAAUGGUGAUGGAGAAUAGGGAUGUGAGGAGGGAGGCUAGGAAUGUGAGGGAAGAAGCUGAAAAGGCUAUUAAGCAUUGUGGGAGUGAGAAAAAGUUGAUGGAGUUCAUUGUCGCUUCGACACAAAAAAUUGAAACUGCAUCGUUCAUAGAGAAGUAA